UGUCGUGUACUGGACACCAUGGACACAUGACGUCGUCGAGCCGUAAGUUCCACAUGGGGGGCGAUUGUAGUCACGUUUCGCUUCUUACCCUCAGUGUUCGGCAAGUGUGAAGAGCCCGAGUUGAUGUAAUCAACUAAGCACGGUGAGCUGUUUGCAUUCCCGAAAAACCGAGCCGCGAAGACGUUGGUGGUGUUAAAGUGCGGUGCUACAGCUUGACGUGUGACGGGGGAGACAUUUUAGGCCUACGGCACCCUACAGGAGCGGACACGUUGGACUGUUGUAACAAUUUAGGGGCGCAAUGGCCUCGGCAGGGUACAAUCUGGAGGAGUCGAACGCUGAUAGGAAUGUAGAAAUCUGGAAAAUUAAGAAGCUGAUAAAGAGCCUGGAAGCAGCUCGUGGGAAUGGGACGAGUAUGAUCUCGCUCAUCAUCCCACCAAAGGACCAGAUUUCACGAGUGUCGAAGAUGUUGGCGGACGAGUUUGGCACCGCGUCAAACAUCAAAAGCCGCGUUAACCGGCUAUCGGUGCUCGGGGCUAUCACGUCAGUACAGCACCGGUUGAAGCUGUACACGAAAGUACCCCCGAACGGUCUAGUUAUCUACUGCGGCACCAUUGUGACGGAAGAAGGCAAGGAAAAGAAAGUAAACAUUGAUUUCGAGCCGUUCAAGCCAAUCAACACUUCCCUGUAUCUAUGCGACAACAAGUUUCACACGGAAGCCCUCUCCGCGUUGCUAGCAGACGACAAUAAGUUCGGGUUCAUCGUCAUGGACGGCAACGGUGCCCUGUUCGGAACGCUGCAGGGAAACACGCGAGAGGUGCUGCACAAGUUCACGGUAGACCUGCCGAAGAAGCACGGCCGUGGUGGGCAGUCUGCGCUGCGUUUUGCGCGUCUGCGCAUGGAGAAGCGGCACAACUACGUGCGGAAGGUGGCGGAGGUGGCCACGACGUUGUACGUCACCAACGACCGGCCGAACAUCGCCGGGCUCAUUCUGGCCGGGUCCGCCGACUUCAAGACCGAGCUCAGCCAGUCGGACAUGUUCGACCCUCGACUGCAGGUGAAGGUGCUCAAGCUUGUCGACGUUUCGUACGGCGGGGAAAACGGCUUCAACCAGGCCAUCGAGCUGUCGGCCGAAGUGCUUUCCAACGUCAAGUUCAUCCAAGAGAAGAAGCUCAUUGGCCGCUACUUUGACGAAAUAUCGCAAGACACGGGCAAGUAUUGCUUCGGGGUGGACGACACUCUGCGAGCGCUCGAGAUGGGCGCGGUCGAGAUCUUGAUCGCCUGGGAGAAUCUGGACAUCGUGCGCUACCUGCUGAAGAACCACACGACGGACGAGGAGCGCAUCUUGCACCUGACGCCCGAGCAGGAGAAGGACAAGUCGCACUUCAUGGAUCGCGACACCGGGGUGGAGUUGGAACUGGUGGAGUCGAUGGCGCUGCUGGAGUGGCUCGCCAACAACUACAAAAACUUUGGAGCCACGUUGGAGAUAAUCACCGACAAGUCCCAGGAGGGAUCGCAGUUUGUCAAGGGCUUCGGUGGUAUAGGAGGCAUCCUCCGCUACAGAGUGGACUUCCAGAGUCUCGAAGUGAAUGACUUGGUCGAUGACUUUGACCUGGACGACCUGUAAGAGACCGUUUGCAACGCACAUGCCAGGAAAAAGGGUGCCAUUAAAAUCUGCAGGCAACCCCGA